AUGGCAUUAGCAUCAAAUAACAUUCAAAAUCUACAAGGCUCGACGGAUGGCAAUAACCCUCCUAUCAAUCCACCCACGGAUAAUCCUGUCGUCGUUAAUAAUUUUGUACCCGAUCAACCACCCGUCGGGAGUAUCAUAUACCUAGAUAAUAAACCAGGCGUAAUAUACACAGAGAACGGUGAACCGAUACCGGUUUUAGACGAAGUUCCGCAAGGGACUCCCGUUGCGCCUCCAGCAGCAUCACCGCUGAGUAAUUUUCGCUUGACAAAGGAAAUUUGUAUUGCCAUAGCUGGGUUUCUCUUCGUUCUGAUCGGUAUUAUAAUGGUGGCAACGUCUAAAUCAUCGCUAACAUCUUGUCUAGUAAACUGUUCAAACAAUAUUCAAAGUCAACUUAUUGAAGGCAAUUAUAUGGCAUAUCCAAACUGCAUCAAGAAAUGUUCAAGUACAUAUCACGCGGUUAAGGGUACAGGAAUUGCAUUCCUGGUUAUUGGAGCAAUUGCGCUGUUGGGAGACGGAGCCUUCAUGUACCAGAAACAACAGGAACAACUGAUGCAGCAGCAAAACAACCAAGUCAUGCAGCAGGCUCAAAUAUAA